ACUAGCCAAGCUGUUAGAUUCAAUUUUAAGUGUUUUUUACCAAUUAUAUUUGCUUAAGAUGACAUCGACAACAGCUGAAAAUAUUCCACCAGAGGAGGUGAUCCAAAUGGGUAUCGAAGUGAAAGUUGAAAGCGAGAUUUCGGAAGCCCCGUCGCCUAUACGGACGCCACUUGCAGAAAAAUUCACGCUGAGGUCAGGUAAUUCGCACAUCUCAGACAGGAGAACACCACGGGCGAGCUUGAAAAGAAAGCGCAUGGAAGAAGACGGUGAUGCUCGGAAGAAAUUUUUGGAAAUAGCAGAAAAACAGGCAGAUGCACUAAAGAUGCUAGCCCAAUCGAGUGUAGAAACCGUAGAAGUCGCGAAACAACAAGCAGAUGCUUUAAAGAUCUUAGCCGAAAGCAGCUCUGCAAGUGCCCAGGCGAAUAAAAUGAUGGCGGAGGCAAUAGCCGUAUUGGGGAAUGGUUUAAGCGCUACCGCGGAAACAUUCAACAAUCUAACGCCAAUCAUAAGCCAAAUAAUCAAAGGACAUACUCGCACUUUUUAAAUAAGUUUUUGAUCAUAAAAUUUCACAGUUCUGAUUAAAAUUACUAAUUCUUCUUUAUCGUUUGAUUUAACAACACCAAAAUUAUUGUCGUUUAGAUUGCUAUAAUCGACAUCGUAACCAAUCAGCUGAUUUUGUCUUGUCGAUUUUCGUAAUCAAAUGGGUUACUGAAUAGCAAAAUCGUAAAAAUUGUGGUUAAGGAAAGAUAACAAA